GCUGCUGUUGUAACGUAACGCUGGCGGGACGUAAUCCGGCGCCGGCACGCGCCGGCCUCCGUGCUCCCAGUCGCACCGCCGUUGCCUCGCUCCACACCUGACAGGUGGAGAUCGAGGACGAGCGCAGUUUUUGCCUAAACGUGAGUGGAAAACCACCUAGGACCACACCCAGGCUGCCCGGUGCACCAGACCAACGGUCGUAAAUGCGCUUCACAGAUUCCAUCCGGGCCUGGAAUACCUCCCUGUCUCGCACGCUAGUGCGCAGCGCUUUACGGCACACGAGCAGAUGCCGAAAGUUAUACCGUGCUACAUCUGCCUCGUUCAAUUCUAUCAGUUCCGUUGUAGAUGCGACGCACCACAUGGGCCAGGCGGCGCCGGAACGCAAAGCGGGCGGCAAGCGCGCGCGCUGCUGGCUGUGGCUGGGGCUCGCGUUCACCGCCGCGCUGCUCUACCUGGCCAGCGUCGCGCCCACCGCCUACCACCGACACAUCCUGCCAGGGAUGGUGGCGGUGGAAAGCGAGGAGGAGCGCCGGCUGGCGGCGCAGUCGUCGGCGGCGAGCUUCGCGGUGGACACGGCGGGCUGCCGCAUCCCGGCGCUGCAGGCCUGGGACCCGCAGGUGCGACGUUUCGUCGAGCCCCCGCCGCACAUCGACUGCGGCCGGCCGCGCCUCGUCACCUCGGACGACGCGCGCCUCUACAUCCGGAGGGAGCGCCUACGAUGGUACAACGUCAGCUCAGAUUUUGGCUGCUGCUACCGUCGAUUCUGGCGGUCAGAUGGCGACCCCAAACACUAUUCACACGGCGUCGACGACGCAAUUACGAUGGCUGAGGAGUGCGUGCCGUUCGAGAGCGGCACCGACGUGUCCGGGGAGGAGUUCGUGAAGGUGGAGUGCCGCUCGCCAACCAAUGGCAGCGUCGUGUUCCGCGACUACCACGCCUUCGUGCCGCUCAAGCCCCGCGUCGAGGAGCGCGUGGUCAACCUCACCGACGUAGGCGACGACGACGAGUCCUUCUCUGAGCGGCCCUCGGUGCUCAUCGUCGGCAUCGACGCCGUCUCCAGGCUCAACUUCCACCGCCAGAUGAACGGCACGCUCGCCGAGCUACGCAGGCUGGGCGCCAUCGAGAUGCUCGGCUACAACAAGGUGGGCGACAACACUUUCCCGAAUCUGGUGCCGGUGCUGGCGGGCAUGUCGGAGGCGGAGCUGCGCAACGCGUGCUGGCCGAACGACAAGGUCGCCUUCGACGACUGCCCCUGGCUCUGGAAGACCUUCCACGCGGCCGGCUACCGCAGCGCCUUCGGCGAGGACGCGCCCUGGAUGGGCAUCUUCAGCUACCUCAAGGUGGGCUUCGUGCUGCAGCCAACAGACUACUACCUGCGGCCGUACAUGAAGCUGUCCGAGGACGACGUGGGCCACAAGAAGCCGAUGAACGCCAAGCUGUGCACGGGGUCGCGGCUGACGGCCGAGGUGCUGCUGGAGUACGUGGGCCGGCUGGGCCGCGCCCUGCUGACGUGCCGGCGCCGCGUCUGGGCGCUCUUCUGGGGGGCCUCGCUGUCGCACGACAUCCUCAGCUACCCCGCCGCCGGGGACCGCCUCUACGUGCGCCUGCUCAGGGACCUCGAACGCUGCGGGGCACUCAACCGCACUAUAGUGGUGGUGAUGAGCGACCACGGCAUUCGGUGGGGCGCGAUCCGUGAGACGUACCAGGGCCGCCUGGAGGAGCGCCUGCCGAUGCUGUCGGUGCUGCUGCCGGCGGGCUUCCAGCAGCGCUACCCGGCGGCGGCGGCCAACCUGCGGCGCAACGCGCGCCGCCUCAGCACGCCCUUCGACCUGCACCGCACGCUGCUCGACGUGGCGCACGCGCCGCGCGGGCUCGACGCAGACUCCCUGCGCGUGCGCAGCCGCGCCGCCGCCGAAGCGGCCGCCUCCGCCGACUCCUCGCAGCAGGCGGCGCGAGGACUCAGCCUCUUCACGGAGCUACCCGCCGCCAGGACCUGCGCCUCCGCCGGCGUCGAGCCACACUGGUGCACGUGCCAGGAGAGUCGCCCGGUAUCCACAGACAGCCAGGAGGCGGUGCGCGCAGCGACCUUCGUGGUGACGCAGCUGAACUUGCUCCUGGGCUCGCACCGCGAGUGCGCCCGGCUGACGCUCGCCGAAGUCCGCGACGCACGGCUGCUGGUGGCCAGGAAGUCGCAGCUGGACGGCGCAGACGGCGCGCACGCCGCCCCGGUGGACGUGCUGGUGACGCUGCGCACCAGCCCGGGCGACGCCGUGUUCGAGGCGACGGUGCGCCGCCGCCCGCACGAGGGGGACAUGGCGCUCGCCGGCGUCGUCAGCCGCCUCAACCAGUACGGCAAGCAGAGCGCCUGCAUGACGAACUUCCGGCUGAGACUAUACUGCUACUGCCGGACGUCGUGAGUGUGCCGAGGAGAAUGUUUUCAACUCUUUGCACACCUGAGUUAUGGCCCCGUCUAUCCACAACUGAAGUCGGAGCUACGAUGAGGAGUGACCAAACUGAUAUUUCAAAUCCGCAAGCUACUAGCGACACCAGUUAAUUACAGACUGUACAAAUGAUUACUCAACAGCAGUUCGCUAAAACUAUGUUGUGGAGUGCUGUGUAGGCCAUAUAAUGGACCAUUUCUUACACUGCGGUGUAAAAGUGAGUAUAGAACUUCUGAAAAGUUUCGUUGUAAUUCUACCUCGAAAUGUGAAGUACAAAAGCGCUCCUGUAUGGACAGAAUCUCUUUUGGUGUACUAUGAACAGACUUUUUCAGGAGCAUCAUGAGACGCACAGUAGGGUUGCUUGCAGCUACUUAUCAUUUACUUUCACAGUGCCAUACAGUUUAUUCCAAACCAAAUACGUUUUUCUUAUUUAGAACAUAUGGGUGGACUUUCCUACCACAAGUAAGAGAGAGCUGGUUUCUCUAAAAUUGUGUUGGACUAUUCAGUGUUUAUAUGUCUUGAUGUUAAACUAUUUCAGUGUGUGUGUGUGUGCGUGUGUGUGUGUGUGUGUGUGUUAUGAGACUUAGCAGAAACAUUCCUGCAAUUCGUCUGAAUAUCGUGUAAAAUACGAUAAUGUAAAAUAAUACGACGAAAAAUGUAUAUGCGUUUUAUUUAUUUGUGCAGUGGCUCACCCCCAAAAAACUUAACCAUAAUAUACUACGAAAUAUAAUUGCUGUACCUCCAUUGCGUCUUUUGACGUGAGAGAUGCUUACCAAAUUCACUACUUUUAUGUGUAUGCUUAAUAUGGCGAGUUCAACAGAACUGUUAAUGUUGUUGUGACUACUACAUUUUACACUUCAUGCCACUUCAUUGUCCAACAUCCAAAGCACCUUAAUGCUCUCGUAAUUACCCUUACACGGAUGAAACUGAUAAACAGACUAAACAAGUAAAAGCUGCAU